ACUGCGAGGCGCCCCCUGAGGGGCGGAGGGAUCGGGCCUGGGGAGCGGGCGUUGAGGGAGGAGCCAGGUCGCCGCGGCAGAGGGCCCUGGCGACGAGGUGGAGGGCUGAGGCCCGGAGGAGGCCCCGCCGCGAUGGGCAACCUGGAGAGCAGCGAGGGCGGCCCGGGCGAGCCGCCCUCCGUCCCGCUGCUGCUGCCGCCCGGCAAGACGCCGAUGCCCGAGCCGUGCGAGCUGGAGGAGAGAUUCGCCCUAGUGCUGAGCUCUAUGAACCUGCCUCCUGACAAGGCCCGGCUCCUGCGACAAUAUGACAAUGAGAAGAAGUGGGAUCUGAUAUGUGAUCAGGAACGAUUUCAGGUGAAGAAUCCUCCUCACACCUAUAUCCAGAAACUCCAGAGUUUCCUGGACCCCAAUGUCACACGGAAGAAGUUCAGGAGAAGAGUACAAGAGUCAACUAAGGUCCUGAGGGAGCUGGAGAUCUCACUUCGCACCAAUCACAUUGGGUGGGUGAGGGAAUUUCUCAACGAUGACAACAAAGGCCUGGAUGUGCUGGUGGACUACCUGUCAUUUGCCCAGUGUUCUGUCAUGUUUGACUUUGAGGGUCUGGAGAGUGGUGAUGACGGUGCAUUUGACAAGCUCCGGUCCUGGAGCAGGUCAAUCGAAGACCUGCAACCACCCAACGCCCUGUCGGCCCCCUUCACCAACAGCCUCGCUCGCUCUGCGCGCCAGUCCGUGCUCCGGUACAGUACUCUCCCUGGCCGCAGGGCCCUGAAGAACUCUCGCCUGGUGAGCCAGAAGGAUGAUGUCCAUGUCUGCAUCCUCUGUCUCAGAGCCAUCAUGAACUACCAGUAUGGCUUCAACUUGGUCAUGUCCCACCCCCACGCUGUCAAUGAGAUCGCACUUAGCCUCAACAACAAGAAUCCGAGGACCAAAGCCCUAGUCUUGGAACUGCUGGCAGCUGUGUGUUUGGUGCGGGGAGGUCAUGAAAUCAUCCUUGCUGCCUUUGACAAUUUCAAAGAGGUGUGCAAAGAAGUGCAUCGGUUUGAGAAGCUAAUGGAGUAUUUCCGGAACGAAGACAGCAACAUUGACUUCAUGGUGGCCUGCAUGCAGUUCAUCAACAUUGUAGUGCACUCGGUAGAGGACAUGAACUUCCGGGUCCACCUGCAGUAUGAGUUUACCAAGCUGGGGCUGGAGGAAUUCCUGCAGAAGUCAAGGCACACAGAGAGUGAGAAGCUGCAGGUGCAGAUUCAGGCAUACCUGGACAACGUGUUUGAUGUGGGCGGUUUGCUGGAGGAUGCUGAAACCAAGAACGUGGCCCUGGAGAAGGUGGAGGAGCUGGAGGAGCACGUGUCACACCUUACAGAGAAGCUUCUGGACCUGGAGAAUGAAAAUAUGAUGCGGGUGGCAGAACUGGAGAAGCAGCUGCUACAGCGGGAAAAGGAGCUGGAAAGCAUCAAGGAGACAUAUGAGAACACAAGCAACCAGGUGCACACUCUUCGGAGGCUCAUUAAGGAAAAGGAGGAGGCCUUCCAACGCCGAUGCCACCUGGAGCCAAGUGCCCGGGGCCUGGAGUCCAUGGGUGGUAGUGAGGCCCUGGCCAGGGUAGGCCCUACAGAGUGGAGUGAAGGCACCCCACCCUCUGAUCUGGACCUGCAGGCUUCAGCCCCUCCUACUGAGGAGACCCUUCCUCUGCCUCCUCCGCCAGCUCCGCCUUUGCCCCCACCCCCUCCUCCACUACCAGACAAGUGUCCCCCUGCCCCACCUCUCCCUGGUGCUGCUCCUUCUGUGGUGUUGACAGUGGGUCUGUCAGCCAUUCGGAUCAAGAAACCUAUCAAGACCAAGUUCCGGCUGCCAGUCUUCAAUUGGACAGCACUGAAGCCCAAUCAGAUCAAUGGCACUGUGUUCAGUGAACUUGAUGAUGAAAAGAUCUUGGAGGACUUAGACCUGGACAAGUUUGAAGAGUUAUUUAAGACAAAAGCCCAGGGUCCUGCCCUUGACCUCAUCUGCUCCAAGAAUAAGACAGCACAAAAGGCUGCCAGCAAGGUGACCCUUUUGGAAGCCAAUCGUGCCAAGAACCUGGCUAUCACCCUUCGCAAGGCUGGGCGCUCAGCUGAGGAGAUCUGCAGGGCCAUCCACACGUUUGACUUACAGACACUACCUGUAGACUUCGUGGAGUGCCUGAUGCGCUUCCUGCCCACAGAGGCUGAGGUGAAGCUGCUCCGGCAGUAUGAGCGUGAACGGCAGCCCCUGGAGGAGCUGGCCGCUGAGGACCGCUUCAUGUUGCUCUUCAGCAAGGUGGAACGGCUGACCCAGCGAAUGGCGGGCAUGGCCUUUCUGGGCAAUUUCCAAGAUAACCUGCAGAUGCUCACACCGCAACUGAAUGCCAUCAUUGCAGCCUCUGCCUCCGUCAAGUCCUCACAGAAACUGAAGCAGAUGCUGGAGAUCAUCCUUGCUUUAGGGAACUACAUGAACAGCAGCAAGCGAGGUGCUGUGUAUGGCUUCAAGCUCCAGAGCCUGGACCUGCUGCUGGACACGAAGUCCACUGACCGGAAGAUGACGCUGCUGCACUUCAUCGCCCUGACGGUGAAGGAGAAGUACCCAGAGCUCGCUAACUUCUGGCAUGAGCUGCACUUUGUGGAGAAGGCUGCAGCAGUGUCCCUGGAGAACGUGCUGCUGGACGUCAAGGAGCUGGGCCGGGGAAUGGACCUGAUUCGGCGGGAAUGCAGUAUUCAUGACCACAGCGUCCUUCGGAACUUCCUCAGCACCAACGAAGGCAAACUGGACAAGCUGCAGCGUGAUGCCAAGACUGCCGAGGAGGCCUACAACGCAGUUGUGUGCUACUUUGGCGAGAGUCCCAAGACCACACCCCCUUCUGUGUUUUUCCCAGUAUUUGUCCGGUUCAUCCGUUCUUACAAGGAAGCAGAACAAGAGAAUGAAGCUCGAAAGAAGCAAGAGGAGGUGAUGCGGGAGAAGCAGCUGGCUCAGGAAGCCAAGAAGCUAGAUGCCAAGACUCCAUCUCAGCGGAACAAAUGGCAACAGCAGGAGCUAAUUGCCGAGUUGAGGCGGCGACAGGCUAAGGAUCACCGGCCUGUUUACGAGGGGAAGGAUGGCACCAUCGAGGACAUCAUCACAGUGUUGAAGAGUGUCCCUUUCACGGCCCGUACUGCCAAACGAGGCUCACGCUUCUUCUGUGAUGCAGCCCACCAUGAUGAGUCAAACUGUUAGCCCUCGAGGCUGGGGCCCCCGACAGGCUUCAACCACCAGCCCAUGGUCAUUCGCAACCAAGCCAGGAGCGCUGCACCGCCCAGUGGCCCUCCUCGGGC